GCGCUGUACUUAUACUUAAACUGGAUAUGUUUGUACGUAAUUUCCCUCAUAGCAGAAGUUUUAACAAACGGAAAUUAAUAUUUUAUCAAAUUUGAUUGGUUGGAUACAUAAUUAAAGGUGAUUUAAACAUUAGUUUUAUAUAAUUUGAUUAGUUUUGUUUCUGUUUGUGAAAAAGUGGCAACCACAAUGCCUUAUCAAAUACCUGUUACGAGUCCAAAUAUAGAGAAACUAUUUCACUACCUACAAAAGUCUCAGUGGCAUAACGUAUCGGCAAACUUUUCUGGCUUCGUUCGCAAGGAAUUCGAAACUCAUCUAGAUAAGCUGGAAGAGGAAGAAGAAUUAUAUAGAAAUCUGAAACUUAUGAUUGAAUAUUCAGAAAUGGGCAGGUUUUCGGAGGCAAAGAAUCUGACUGACACAGCGCAUAAGGAAUUUCAACUACUCCUAAAUAAGUUAACAGAACUGAAUCAAAUUAAGCAUACCUCAAGAAGAGCACAUCAGAAACCUAUUGAGAACCAAGAUAAUUACACCAGACGCGAAACUUAUACACCUGAUAAACGAGAGAUAGCUAGUCCAUCAAAGCGUAACACCAAUCAACGCCAGCAUACACCGCAUGGUAACCCUGGGUAUGAAACACCAAAAAGACAGCUUGAAAUAAUCGAAAGGCAUCCAAGAACACCACAGUCACAACAUGAGCAUCAACAGUCAUAUGAUCCGCAUAGAGAAAACUAUGACAGCUUACGAUUGAAGACACCAGAGAAACAACUAAAUUCCUAUAUGCAAGAGCAGCAACACAAAUACGACUCGCCAUCAAGAAAUAUGACACCUGCAGACCAUGGUAGCCGACCAAAUAGCUAUCACCACGGCUCCCGUUCUCCCCAGGCCCCAGGAGUUCUCACUAGUGCGGGACAAAUGACCUCAUCUAAAGCGCUUUGGGGUCGUGAUCAUGGGGAUAGACCGAGUGAAAAAGUUGGAUCCAGUACGUACAGACAUGAUUUCCCAACAUACGCUGUGGAUAUUCAUGAACGAAAAGAUAAAGAAAAGUACAGAGAAAAUUUUGGCUCUUUAGCAGAAAGAGAUAUGUACAGGGGAAGUGAAGAAGGCUCGUAUCAAGAUGAACCAAGACGAGGGGGACCACAGUCUAGACAUUCCGAAACUCCAGACUAUGACAACAGACCUAGCGAAUUAGCUAGAAAAUUUAAAGAAUUAUACAGCCACGAGUGGACAGAUGCUUACGAUGAAAUAUGUAAAGAUUUUGGUUCCGAGAAAACCGUGAGACACCUACUCUGGAUUGUAACGGAAGCUUGGUUAAUAUCGGGAGACGUUGCCUAUAAACAGUUACGAGACCUUGAAAAGACUGCACUUGGUUUAAUGGCGAAUCCCACUAAAGAACGCUUAAUGUCAGCUACUAGUCAAGAACAUCAUGGUGGAUAUGCUCCACGUCACCUUGGUGAGACCCUCCCUGCUUCUAGAAGUCUUCUAAUGAAAUAUAGGAAGCAGACUGCAAUAUUGUCGAUACCAUUUGUAAAGGAGGAGUGUCGAGAAAAGAUAUCAAAAACACUUGUUGAAUCCACCGGAAUUCUAAGAUCAUACCUCGGAGACGCAUCACGUCUUACUGCAUACAUUUAUAAGUGCGCUGAACUCACAUGGCUCAUGUGUGUACAGGACCCUCCAAUUGUUCUUGAAUAUAUCACCAAGGAAACGGAAGGAGCCAGAUUCAACCACGAGCAUUAUCAUGUUUAUACAAAGACUGGUAAUACUUAUGAUUUUGGUGUGUGGCCAAUGUUGAGGCUGGGCAGGAAAGGAGAGAUUCUAUCCAAAGGAAUUGCUCAAGGGAUAUGACGAGGAUGCAUACGUUUCCUGUUUCCGAUGUUAACUACGUUGGCACAACAUAGAUAAAUUAAAUUGAAGUUGAACUACAAGUAGAGCUAAUAAUCAUUUUGUUUAAUGCAUUCGCGGAGUAUAUGCAAUAUUUUUAAACUAAACUAUUUAUUAAUAACACACAUAUAGUCCUUGCGUUUUAGCAUAAUACUAUUUAUAUCUCUUCAAAUCUGAACAGAAAUAUAUUUAGAUACAAAACAAAAUGUUCUACCGAAUAUUUGCCUUCCUAUGUUCUAAGUGUAAGGACAUGGAUGAAAAGAUAACAAAAAUGAAAUAAUAUUUCUGAAGUUUUGAAUAUGACAUUUAUGUAAAUUUUAUUAAAUUUUCGACUGUCAAAUGGUUUUAUUAAUUCAAUGUUGUGUAAAACGUUAAAAGGGUACAUUAAAAGCUAUUUUGAGAAUGACAUUAAGCUGUAUGAACAUUUUAGCACUUCGUCACUGAUAGAUAUAUUUAUUUUGAAACGAUCUGUGCAGUUAAACUGGCACAGCGCAUUCUUUCUUGGAUGGCAUACUGUUUUCAUGUACACGUAAGAAGGGCUAUUGAUACGUUGUUGAACGAGUUAAACAACCUGAAAAGGGUUCAGCACUGCUUUUUAAAAUUCAAAUCCCCAUUGAAGUUGAGGUAGAUAAACAUUACUGUUUUUCCUCUUCUUGUGUGUGCUGUUGCUUUAGAUGGAACUAGCUUUGUUAGAAAAAAUAGUUUGUAGAAACAUGUUUUCAGUUUGAUGGGGUACAAGUAAUUGUUUCUUUCACUGUGUCGUUUUAUAUGAUGUUUGCAUAUAUGUAGGUUUCCAAUCUGCGUCGUCAUAUAUCACAUAUCAUUUUUUGUUUGUCGUUUUACUCAAGCAAUUACUUAUGUGGAACGUGUUUAAAAACAAUGACGCUAGAAAUCUUAUGUUAAACUGUUAACCUACCAUGAUUUAUUUAUAUAUUUAUUCAUUUUUGUAAAAAGAUUCAGUUUUAUGUUUUCAAAUCAAAGUGUUGUUCUAAAUUUAUAAUAAAGAAAUCUGUGAUAUUUAAUAUGCGUGUGAAUGAGAAUAAAAUACUUAUACAAGCUUAAA